AUGAAAACAGAAGAAUCAAAAGAAAAGUAAAGCCUUUGUAAUUUUGAAGGUCAUAAUGGAACAAAUAAGAUAGCAAUUAAGAUUGAUAGCAAUAGCUUUGAUAUUUGUGCUUUUAUAAUUGCUCUUAAAUUGGCAAAAGAGCAUUAAGUUGAAAUCUCAGGAAUGUUUAUAAGAGACUGUGAAUAGCAAUUGUUUUGCAAACUCUUAUAAACCAUAAAGACAAUCAUUUCAGAUUUCAUAUGUGAUAAGAAUAUGAAGAUUUAUUUAAUGUCAAGUGAUGAAGAUCAUCAAUCUAGUGAUUCUUUUCUAUGCUAUAAAGUACUCGAGAGCAAAGCUGCCUUCAAAAAUUUUGAUAAGAAUAAAAAUAAACAACUACAUAAUAUUUUUGCUGUUGCUUACAUGAUAUAACUAUUUAAGAUUUAACAUUCUAAUUCAAAAGAUGAAGUAAAACCUGAUAAGCCAUUGGAGGAAAAAUACAUAUUUUUGGCUUCUCAAAAAAAGCAAAGUGUUGAAAUUGCAAAAUAAAAUGAGGAAGUCUAUUAGUUAAUUUAAAAACAAUUGAAUAUUAUCCAGGAAUAAUUAGAGUAAAAAACUGAAAGCAUUAUUAGCUUACAAACUUAUCUCAAAGCAUUAGGCAUUCCAGAGUUUAUAAAAUUGAAGGCUAACUUUGAAACUUUGUGCUUGAUUGUAAAUAAGCAUGUUCUACAUAUUGGUUAUUAGAAUCUUCAUUUACAUUUGAAGGCCAGAAUAGCUUUAUCAUUUGAGUUUAAAGAUUUGGUUUAAAGAAUGAUUGUUAACAGGGAAGGUGGAAUAUGCUAUGAACACUGCUAAAUCACUUAUUACGUUCUUAAAGCGUUAGGCUUCGAUACAUAGCAAAUACUCUGUUAAACUUUAAAACGAUCUGAAGCAAAAUUUGACCCUUCUGUAUAUUUUGUGCAUGCAGCCUAAAUUGUCAAUAUUAAAGGUAAGCUAUAUCUAGUUGAAACUGGCUUUGGAGGAUAUAGUCCAAGGUAUCCUCUGCCUUUUGAUCCUAAGAAAAAUUAUUAGUAUUAUGAAUUUUCUGAAAUAGAUAAGUAUCAAAUUUUCAAUAAUCAGGAUCAUAUUGAAGUUUAAUACUUUGAGAAUGAUUAAUGGAAAAGAGCUUAUGGCUUUGAAUGGCCUCCAAUAUAUAAAACUCCACAAGAUAUUUAAGAGUGA